CCUAUUCAAAACGGGAAGUGUUGUUGCUGAGUAAAGCAACCACCUCCAACCAAAGACCAGUACGCAUCCAGUCUCCUGCGUCUUAAAGCCGCUCUACUCCGCCCAGGAAGCCCUGGAUGGGGACGAUCCGGGGUGAGGCAGACCGUCUUGGACUGGCCAGAUCAGAGGACAGCUGCGGGAGCAGUUCCCGAGGGAGCCUGGCAUAUCCCUACCGCUCAUUCCCGGUCAAUUCAGGAAGGAGAACCAGCAUUUCCUCUGAGAGCGCAAAGAACUCCUCCCAAGGGUUCCUCUUUCUUAACUAGCUCGGUGUGGAGAUCAACAGGGAAAUCACUCCGGGGCUGCCUCCAAGUGGUGCAUCUGUACAGCUCGGAAAGAUGGCAAGACGGAAAAAAAAACAAAACGGGUCUCUCACCGAGAUCCUCGCCCUGCCGGCCUCAGCCUAACUCCAGGGCGUUCGGCACGCCGGGUGACAGCGAGCAUCGAGAACGCGCGCCCCGGAGAGCUGUCCCGGGCGCGCGCGUGCGAGCGAGCGAGCGAGCGAGGGGCGCCGGCAACGGCCUCGGCGCGUGGUCGGAGCGCGCCGGGCCGUGCGUGCGACUGCAGGCAGCCUGCGUGUGCGUGGGGGGCAGGGAGGAAGGAGCGCCGCCCGCCGCCCGCCUCUGAGUGCCCGUCGCGCGUGGGGUGAGUUUUCCUAGCUUGCCUGACUUGGUCACUCUGGUGCCACUUCCCACUGGCUUCUGUGUCAUCUGCUGCUCUCAGACUGCCCACACCUGAGUGCAAAGGUGUGUAUCUUAUAAGCAGUGUAUGGUAGAAUUUUAAGCAAGUAUCAGAAGCUCUGCAUUUGAGUAGACAUAUCGAGCACUAUUUUUGACAACUACAUACUGCUGAAUGUUCAGCUGGUGAAAUCGAAAGUCUUUCACUCAGAAGAAAUAAAUCAAGAGGAACCCACGGCUUACGUGUUUUUGAGCUACUGUGGAUGGACCUGGCUCUCUUGACUGCCCUUCCAAGUAGGAUGUCACUGAGAUCCCUCAAAUGGAGUCUCCUGCUGCUGUCACUCCUGAGUUUCCUGGUGAUGUGGUACCUCAGCCUACCUCAGUACAAUGUGAUUGAACGUGUAAACUUGAUGUACUUCUAUGAGUACGAGCCAAUUUACAGACAGAACUUCCGCUUCACUCUCCGGGAGCAUUCAAACUGCUCUCAUCAAAACCCAUUUCUGGUCAUCCUGGUGACUUCUCAUCCCUCAGAUGUGAAAGCCAGACAGGCCAUUAGAGUUACUUGGGGUGAAAAAAAGUCUUGGUGGGGAUAUGAGGUUCUUACAUUUUUCUUAUUGGGCCAACAGGCUGAAAAGGAAGACAAAAUGUUAGCAUUGUCUUUGGAGGAUGAACACCUUCUUUACGGUGACAUAAUACGACAAGAUUUUUUAGACACCUAUAAUAACCUGACCUUGAAAACCAUUAUGGCAUUCAGGUGGGUCACUGAGUUUUGUCCCAAUGCCAAGUACAUCAUGAAGACAGAUACUGAUGUUUUCAUCAAUACUGGCAAUUUAGUGAAGUAUCUUUUAAACUUAAACAAUCCAGAGGAGUUUUUCACAGGUUAUCCUUUAAUUGAGAACUAUUCCUACAGAGGAUUUUACCAAAAGACCCAUAUUUCAUACCAGGAAUAUCCUUUCAAAGUAUUCCCUCCAUAUUGCAGUGGGUUGGGCUAUAUAAUGUCCAAAGAUUUGGUACCAAGGAUCUAUGACAUGAUGGGUCACGUAAAACCUAUCAAGUUUGAAGAUGUUUAUGUUGGGAUCUGUUUGAAUUUGUUAAAGGUGGACAUUCAUUUUCCAGAAGACAUAAACCUUUUCUUUUUAUAUAGAAUCCAUUUGGAUGUCUGUCAGCUUAGACGUGUGAUUGCAGCACAUGGCUUUUCUUCUAAGGAAAUCAUCACCUUUUGGCAGGUUAUGCUCAGAAAUACCACAUGCCAUUACUAACUUCACACUCCAUCAGAAACCUAGAGGACAGGAAACUGUGCCAAGCGCUGAAGCUGGUACUAUGGGAAACUCAUAGGAAGGUCAGUGUGUUGGCUUACACUGAAUCAAAAGUCAUGGAGAACCCAUAGACUGGAGACUGGAAGUCACACAUUGCUGUGAUUUAUUUGGAUAUAAAUCAAG